GACAAUCUUUUUCUGUGCAACUUUGGACUAGUUUAUUUAUGGAAAAUAUUACAGUAGGAAAAAAUUUUAAACCGAGGGCCGAGAUUUGGAAACGAGAAAUUAAGGAGUUAGAGCAAAGUAACGAAGGAUUACGUUCACAAUUCAAAUGUUUAGAAGAAAAGGUCAGAGAGCGAGAAGAAGUGUCCAGAGAAAAACAAAGAAUUAUAGAAAUGAGAAUCAGAAAUCUUGAAAUA